AGCAAAGAGCAUUGUUUGUGGUUAUGGGACUCUGGUUGCCAUGCCGAGUCUGAAGGAUAUUGAAGUUUGCCGGGAUGAGCUCAAUGCCUGUAGAACUGGAAGCCCAAAGGAAAAGUCGGCCAUACUGAAGACUUUCCAGAAGUUGUCCACGCUGCACGUGGACACUGAAGCUCUUCGACUGACCGGCAUCGGGAAGGAAGCCAACGACAAGUUCUUCCGCAACCACGAAGAUGCCCAGGUGAGAGAAGCCUGUACAAAGCUGAUACUGGCUUGGAAGGCAGUUGCGCUUGGCAACACGUCGGGGCCGGCGGCGUCUGCGGAUGCAUCUGCGAAUGCAAAGGCGCAGGACUCAAAGGAUGCGAAGUCAAAGGACUCAAAGGAUGCAAAGGCGAAGGACUCAAAGGAUGCGAAGGAGAAGCGUAAAGCGGGAGCGGUCAAGGAGAAAGCGGAGGGCAAGGCCAAGCGCAGCAAGCACGAGGGCGGGCUCAACGAGGACCUGAUUGGGCAAUUCCGAGAGCUGGCAUCCUAUGAGUUUAAGAAUGGCAGCAAGUUUGCGGGCAUUGCGUUCAACAAGGUUGUUGCGGUGCUCCAGGGACUGGAGGAGAAGGUGUCGUCUGGAAGUGCCAUCGCCCAUUUGCCAGGGAUUGGCAAGGAGACCGUGAAGAAGAUCGAUCAAUACCUCGAGAAAGGCAUAAUUGACAAGCUUGAGAAGAUUCGAAAUGGUGAAGCGACAUAGUCAAUUUUCCAAUGGUUUGCUAGAUUGCAAGCUUCUUUUCAAUUGUGCAUACUCCCUACAGAUUGCCACUCCUUCAAAUCUUGGAGGAGAUGUGCUUGCCAGCAGCCCCCAAUGCUGGCAUGCUAAUGAACCCGUGGAUCGCCACAAAACCGCA